UGGCAGCCUCCCUGGUGCUCAGCCACGCCAAGAAGCCACUCUGUUUUGCAGCGCACCAACCCUGUCAAAAGGUGCCUGGCCUCAGCAUCCCAGCCCCGGCGUUCUCUCCUCUCUCCUGCCCUGCUUGGCAUCCCAGUUAGCUAAUCCAAGGGUGCUGAUCCUGGACCAUGCCGAAUCUUUGCUGCUCCCAGAUUGUGCUGCUACUUCUUUUGCUGAGAGGUGCUGAAAAUGCUUCUGCUCAAAAAGCCUGUGGCCGACCCAAAGUGCACUCGCUUCGGAUCGUUGGGGGGCAGAAGGCCGAUGAAGGGGAGUGGCCAUGGCAAGUCAGCAUAAGAGAAAACAGACUACACGUGUGUGGGGGAAGCCUUAUCUCACCUCAGUGGGUGGUGACAGCUGCUCAUUGCUUCGAAGGCCCACUGAAUCCAUCGGCGUAUCGAGUACACCUGGGGGAAUACGAGCUCCCCAAACCUGCACACUCCAUGGUCUCAUCCGCCAUCAGAGAGAUUAUAGUACAUCCGCAUUAUGCUGGAGAUGGGCUCAGCGGUGAUAUUGCAUUGGUGCAGCUGGUGGAGCCAGUAAAUUUCUCCCGAACCAUCCUGCCCAUCUGCCUUCCCAACACUUCAGAUCCCGAGCCCUUCCCCGCAGGGAUGUCAUGCUGGGUCACUGGCUGGGGCAACCUCUAUCCAGAUGCCCCCUUCCUCACUCGAACGCUGCAAGAGCUGGAGGUGCCAAUCCUAGACGUAGAUAAAUGUGACAAAAUGUACCACAAUGACUCCGACACCGACACGGAGACUGAGACGGUGCCAAAAGGGUACAGGCUGAUCUACAAUGACAUGAUCUGUGCUGGGUACCCGGAAGGAAAGAAGGACUCUUGCCAGGGUGACUCUGGAGGACCUCUGGCCUGCAAGCAGAAUGACACUUGGUUCCUGGCUGGAGUGGUGAGCUUCGGGUUUAGUUGUUCUGAGCCCAACCGACCCGGGGUUUACACCCGAGUCACUUCCUACAUGGACUGGAUUCAAAAUAACAUGGUGAAGCAUGCAGAAGCCUCCAAUAAUGGUGUCCGCCUCUCGAGCACCAGUUUUGCUAUCCUCUUGGUUCUGCUUUUUCUCUUUGGUCCUUUCCACACUUGGGCCCUUGAAGAGCUGCUUUUCCACAGUCGUCUGGAAGCGUAAUUAAGACAGAGGCUCCAAACUAUACUUAGAGCCUUUCUACACAAGACUUUUA